AUGCUGCCUACUUACUUUUUAAAUUAUUUAAUUUAUAUAAAUGUGUGGUAUGUAAGAGAAAAACAGCACUUUAGAUGCUAUUUUCAAAAUACAAUUCAAAGUUCAAAUUAUUUUGUAGUCGAAAUACUCUCAUCUAGGGUAACUUUUAUAACAAAAUUGCUUCUUCGUUUGAUUGCUAUGUCCUCAAAUUUUUGAUAUUUUAAAUCAAUUUUAUUUGCGUUCUUUCCUCUGUGCAAUGUGAUUAUGAUCACAUCAUUGCUGAUUGAAUCUGCUUUAUUUGGAACUGAACAGCCCAUACUUAAUAGGUUUUUAUUUUUUUAUAAAAACCAUUUAUCCAUGUGUUAA